AGAUACCGCAUCACUAGUUAGCCUUUUUACAUCCUUCACACACAAGUAUGCAGCUUUCUUGAUUUCUCAGUCCAGUGGCCUUGAAACCAGAGGUAAUGGAGUUAGGCUACAAUGAUAACGAGACUUAUGAUAAUAUGUCGAAGAUAAAACAGGAUGACGAGAAGAAAGAGCAGGAUGGAGGAAAGAAGAAGAAGCAGCUUGGAGGGAUAAAAACAAUGCCGUUCAUUCUUGCAAAUGAAAUAUGUGACAGAUUUGCAUCAAGUGGCUUCCACACAAACUUGAUAACGUAUUUAACCCAAGUGCUAAACUUGCCGCUUGUACGAGCCUCCAACAUUCUCACUAACUUCGGUGGAACCUCUGGCUUUACUCCCCUCAUUGGUGCUCUCAUCGCUGACUCCUUUGCAGGCAGGUUUUGGACCAUCACCGUUGGCUCUAUUAUCUAUUGUUUGGGAUUACUUUGUAUCACUUUUUCAGCAAUCCUUCCGUCGCUGCGGCCUCCACCAUGUCCAACUCAAGUGAACUGCACAGAAGCAUCAACAUUGCAGCUAUGGAUCCUCUACAUCUCACUCCUGCUCAACUCUGUUGGGUCAGGAGGCAUAAGGCCUUGCGUUGUCACCUUCGCGGCAGAUCAGUUUGACAUGAAAAAAUCGAGUGUUUCCUCGCGGAAAUGGAACUUCUUCAACUGGUACUAUUUCUGCAUGGGAAUGGCUACCCUCACUGCCUUAACUGUUGUUGUUUAUAUACAAGAUAACGUGGGGUGGAGCUGGGGCUUCGGAAUCCCGGCCAUAGCCAUGGGUUUGUCGGUUCUGGCCUUUGUUUUUGGAUCACCUCUUUAUGUAAAACUGGAACCGGGAGGGAGCCCCCUGACGAGAUUGGCUCAAGUGAUUGUUGCAGCUGUGAAGAAGAGGAAAGCUUUAGUUCCUGAAGAUCCCAAGCUCUUGUACCGGAAUCGGGAGCUUGAUUCUGCCAUUUCUGUGCAUGGAACACUUUUACAUACCGACCAGUUCAAGUGUUUUGAUAGAGCUGCAAUAGUAACAGAUGGUGAAGCAACAAAUUCAAGGCCACCAAACCUGUGGAGGCUAGCCACAGUCCACAGGGUUGAAGAGCUAAAAUCCAUUCUCAGAGUGUUACCGAUUUGGGCUGCCGGAAUUUUGCUUGUCACAGCCUCAUCACAUCAACAUAGCUUCACCAUCCAACAAGCACGAACAAUGGACUGUCGCGUAACUCACUCCUUCAAAUUCCCACCGGCUAGCUUAUCCAUCUUUAGCAUUAUAACCAUGCUCAUAGGACUGGUUUUAUACGAACGAAUAUUUGUUCCAUUGGCUCGUAGAUUCACUAAAAACCCUGCAGGCAUCACCUGCCUGCAAAGAAUGGGCGUCGGCUUCAUGGUUAACAUCCUAGCUACUCUUGUUUCAUCAUUUGUAGAGAUCAAAAGAAAACAAGUCGCCGCCAAACAUAACUUGUUAGACGAUCCAAAAGGCGUCAUCCCAAUUAGUGUUUUUUGGUUGGUUCCGCAGUAUUGCCUCCAUGGGGUUGCUGAAGUUUUCAUGUCUGUCGGGCACUUAGAAUUUCUUUACGAUCAGUCACCUGAAAGCAUGAGAAGUACGGCAGCAGCACUUUUCUGGAUGACAACAUCAAUUGGGAAUUAUAUUGGAACGUUGAUGGUUUCACUUGUUCACAAGUACACAGGAGAGGAACACAAUUGGUUGCCUGAUAGGAAUCUGAAUAGGGGAAGAUUGGAAUAUUACUAUUGGCUUGUGAGUGGUAUUCAGGUGUUGAAUCUUGUAUACUAUGUAAUAUGUGCUUGGUUUUAUACUUAUAAGCCGUUGGAAGAGGAUUGUGAAAAUGGUGAGGAAGAAGGUGGGAAGAUUGUUGAUCAAGAAAAUGAAAUCCCGUAUAAAAUAUUGAAUGAGUCUAAUGGAGAGGUAGAGGUGGCCGGAAAUGAAGCUAUCUAGAGUUGUUGAUCGUCAACUGUAUUGAACAAGAUUUAAAAAAAUAAAUAUAAGGAAUUAAUUCAGUUAA